UUGGGAGCAGUCAGAGAAAGAUCAAAGCACAUAGCACUAAGCACUGUUAGGGUGUCUGAAGUCUUCUAGCUAUGUUGUUGACAAUAAGUCUUUGGCUUUUUGCAGUUUCUCCAGCUCUCUUUGCUCCAGUCAAAGAACCUUGUACAACAGGAAGAAACAAGCUGCUGCUCAUCUCCUUUGAUGGAUUCAGAUGGGAUUAUGACCGGGAUGUGGACACACCAAAUCUCGACAAGAUGGCUCAAGAUGGUGUAAAAGCUACUUAUGUCAUCCCACCCUAUAUAACAAUCACUAGCCCGAGUCACUUCACUCUGCUGACAGGACGUUACAUUGAGAAUCAUGGCGUGAUUCACAAUAUAUGGUUCAACACCACCACUCAGGAGAAGAAGCAAUACUACAUGGCACAGUUUGUUGAUGACUACUGGGACAACGGCAGUCUACCUAUAUGGAUUACAGCUCAAAGACAGGGUCUGAAAACAGGCUCCUUGCAUUUUCCGGGUACGGCUGCCACAUAUCAGAAUGAGAGGGUGCGAGUGAGAGAGGUGGAGUCUCAAUUUUAUGAUUACACCAAUGAGACAGAUUGGAGAGCAAAUGUGGAUAAAGUGAUGGGUGAUUGGUUUAAAAUGCAGGAUCUGGAUUUUGUCUCACUAUAUUUUGGUGAACCAGAUCAGACAGGCCAUAAAUUUGGGCCUGACUCCCCAGAACGGCGUGAUGCAGUCAUGAAAGUGGACCGCACCAUCGGCUAUAUACGUGACACCGCACAAAAACAUGGUCUUGCUGACCGCCUGAACAUCAUCAUCACUGCUGAUCAUGGUAUGACUACUGUACUGAGAGGGACCGGAAUAAAACAGAUAAUUCUCUCCCAAAUCCCUGGCUUCUCAUUUCGGGAUAUUAAAUUCCAGUUGUUGGACUAUGGACCUAAUGGGAUGCUGUUGCCUAAAGAUGGCAUGCUGGAGAAGGUUUAUAGUGUCCUCAAAGGUGCCCAUCCUAACCUCCAUGUCUAUAAGAAGGAAGACAUGCCUGCUCGUCUUCAUUAUUCAAAUCAUCCACGUAUUUUACCCCUCGUUCUCUAUGCUGACCCAGGAUAUGUAAUCAGUGGGCUUCUCCCAGUUCAGACCAAUAAAGGAGAACAUGGAUUUGACAAUCAAGCCUUAGACAUGAAGGCUUUCUUCAGGGCAGUGGGGCCUGACUUUCACAAGGACCGGGUAGUGGGACCUUUUGAGACAGUUAAUGUUUAUCCUUUAAUGUGUCAUCUACUGGGAAUAAAGCCCGAGGUCAAUGAUGGCUCUCUUGAUAACACUAGACAUCUUCUAGUCUCUGGUGGGCAACAGUGUGACAGUAAAGAACCAGACCAGAUGAGCAUUGUCAUUGGCCUAGGUGCAGUGGCCGGGUUUCUGGUAGUUGUCUUCAUCAUUGUUUCAUCUUACAAUAUCUUCAAGCGUAAUAGAACAAAUACAAGGAAUGAUCUCAAAGCAGAAUAUGAAGACAAAAUUGAUUCAAAGCAAACAAUAAUGUGAUUAUCAUUCAAUUACAUUAGAAUGUGUUCAUACAUUUUUAUUUCCCAUUUUCCACAACACAAUAAAAACACCACAUGUUCAGUGUUAACAA